ACCAGAGAAGCAUCCACCUGCAAUAAAACAGCAGAAGAAGAAAUGCAACCACGGAGGAGCCAGAAAGACUCCAACAAGGAGCUCAAAGACGUGCUUCAGGACGAGGAUGGAGCUCUCCGCUUUACUUCAUGACCUUCAUCUCUCCUCCUCCUCCUCCUCCUCAGAGGAGCAGUCCCCUUCCUCUCCUCCUCCAAUCACAGAGCUUCUUUCUCAGCUGAGGGUGAAGCUGAUUGGUUCCUGUCCUAAAUCCCACUCUCUGAUUGCUGAAAUAAAGCAGCUUUUCCAGUACGCUGGAUCUGACUGGCUGUUCUCUCCAGCCAGCCAGGACAGUAGGUGGGCGGAGCUUGAAGCAGCAUAUGUCUCUCUGAUCAGUGCUCUGAUUGGCUGUGCUGCUCUGCCGCUCUGUGAGGAUGACUGCAGCCCUCUGAGCGCUGCGGCCUAUCAGAGCAUCCCCACACAGGCAGCGGCGGUGUGUGCCGCUCUCACGGCUCUGCUAACAACUCUGGGUGACAGGCGGAAAGGGGGCGAGGCCAGAGAACGGACAACCAGUCUGCUACUUGCUGUUGCUCCACCCACCUGCGUGUUUGCUGUCACACAUUUCCAGGAUCAGGUGUGGACUAGCUCCGCCUCCAGAGCAGCAGCACAGGGCCUGCUGGAGACGCUGCUGAGUGCAGGAGGGUGGAGAGACUCCGCCCACCUGCUGACUGGGGACACGGAGGGGAGCAGAGGGAUUCUGGGAGGAGUCCUGGACAUCCUGCAGCCACAGCUCACCAAGGACUCGUGGCAGCGCUGUGAAGCCGUGAAGCUGGUGUUUGCCUGGAGUCUUCUGCAGGUGACCCGCCCAGGACUCUCACCUCACCUGUCCCGCCUCCUUCCCCCCUCCCUCCUCUUCAGUGACCACCACAGACUGGAGAACUGCAUGCUGGGAGUUCGCUGUCUGCACCAUAUCGUGCUCAACACGCCGCCUGCAGAGCUGCAUCAGUUCAACAGAGCCGAGGUUCUUUAUGAGGCGUUAUUCAAACACCUGUACAGGACUGAGGCCGCCGUCAUCCAGCUGGUCCUGUCCUGCCUCUUGGACCUGCUGGUGGUUCUGGAGAAGCCCCCCUCCUCUUCCACCUCCUCCCGCAGGAAGCCGUGUCGCCAUGACGACGUGCUGCGUCUCAUGCUGACCCACAUGGAGGCGGAGAACAAGGUGGUGCUACGGCGCGUCUAUGCUGCUGCUCUGCCGGCGUACAUCGACAGGGUGGGCGUGGCUGUGUGCAGACACCUGUGGCGGCUAGAGCGGGUGGUGCUCGGGUACCUGGAGGUCAGGGACCCACCUGAGGAGGCGAACCGGCUAAGGAUGCUGGAGGCGCUGCAGAAGACGACCAGAGCGGCGUGGCCACGGAUGGCGUGUCGUGUCGACGUGUUGCUGCGUUGCUUGCUGCGGCUGAUGGUUGACGUCUCCUCGGACUUGGAGCUCUGUGAUUCGCUCAGACGGCAGCUGAUGGAUGAAAGCGCCGCCUGCCUCCGGCUGUUGGACGCCGCCUCACACGGACACGUGCAGCGCCUCCUCCAGGAGGUUGACAGCAGCUGCUGCAGCCUGGAGGUGCUUGGUUGCCUAGCUACAGCAGCCACUGCGACUGACAGUGAAGCUGCGAGCCUGGAGGCGGAGCUUUCAGAGCCACGGCGAGCAGCUGCGGCCUCCUGACACUCAGCAGAUGUUUAAAGACAAACGGCAGCACGUUGGCGAAGCUUACGGCACGUCACAGGAAGUAAUCUGGAUACAGGAAGUUUGAAGAGCCGUGUGCUGACAGGUUUGACGGCGCAGAACUGAACGCUGAGAACUCUCACGUGUGUGCAACUGUGACGCGGCGCUCUGUAGCUUCAGGUUAUUGUUUCAUAACCAUGUGAUUAAUAAACGUCAUCGUGGGGCGUGAACGGCUCUGCGGAGAAAACCAAA